AUGACUUUGGAUAUCCAUAUGUUUAUCAAGGACAAGGGAGGUGAUCCGGAGGUCAUUCGGGAGUCCCAGCGGAAACGCGGCCACAGCGUCGAGGUGGUGGACGAAGUGAUCGCGAUGUAUGAAGAAUGGGUCAAGCAAUAUUUCCAGCUUGGCGAGAUUAACAAGAAGAUAAACGCUGUUCAGAAGGAAAUUACAGCGAAGAAAAAGGCCAAGGAAGACGCAUCCGAGUUUAUGGGUCAAAAGGUCGUGCUAGAUACACAGCAAAAGGAGCAACAAAAGGUUGUUGCGGACGCAGAGAUAGCGAUGAAGAUUAAAGCGGGUGGAAUUGGCAAUCUCAUUUACAAAGAUGUGCCAGUCAGCGAUAACGAGGAUAACAACGAGAUCAUCCGAAAGUGGGCUCCGCAAGAUCAUACCGGCGAAACACCGAAUACCAUCCCAGACUGUCUUGCCCACCACGAAGUCAUGCUCCGACUCGGAGCAGUUGACCUCGAGCGAGGUGCCAACGUCGCGGGUCAUCGUGGUUACUACCUCACCGGACCUGGCGUCCGGCUUAAUCAGGCGUUGAUCAACUAUGGGCUCGAUUUUUUGGAGAAGCGAAACUUUUUGUUGAUGCAGCCACCGUUCUUUAUGCAUAAAGAUGCAAUGGCAAGGACGGCCCAGCUUGACGAGUUUGACGAGGCGCUGUACAAGGUCUCAGGAGACGAAAUUGACAAGUAUCUCAUCGCUACGUCGGAGCAACCUAUCUCUGCCUAUCAUAUGAACGAGUGGUUCGAAGCACCAGCAAAGGAUCUCCCACUGAGGUACGGUGGCUAUUCGACUUGCUUCCGGAAGGAGGCGGGUUCUAGUGGUCGAGACGUAUGGGGCAUCUUCCGAGUACACCAGUUUGAAAAGGUGGAACAGUUUUGCAUCACUGAGCCCGAAAAAUCUUGGGAAAUGUUUGAGGAGAUGGUCGGCAAUUCAGAGGCAUUUUACCAGUCGCUUGGUCUGCCAUAUCGUCUGGUUGCGAUUGUGUCUGGUGCUUUGAACCUUGCGGCGGCGAAAAAGUAUGACCUCGAGGCGUGGUUCCCGUACCAGCAAGCGUACAAGGAGCUGGUCUCUACCAGCAACUGCACUGAUUACCAGUCGCGCAAGCUCGAGGUGCGAUGUGGCCUGAAGAAGACGGGCGAUACGAAAAAGGUGUAUGUGCACAUGCUCAACGGCACGCUUUGUGCUACUGAGCGGGCACUCUGCUGCCUUGUGGAGAAUUACCAGACGCCCGAGGGACUGAGAAUCCCCGAAGUGCUACAGCCGUAUAUGGGUGGAAAGGACUUUUUGCCGUUUAUUCGGGAACUUCCAAAGAACUAUCAGCGCAAAAAGUAG